AGGAAAGGAGAGCAGGUCUGGCAGCUAUUGAAAUUGGCAGAAUCGAAGGGGAAAACUAUGGAAGAUUACCCAAAGUUGAAGGAGACAAAGAAUUAGAGUUAACCCAAUUCAAAUCAAAGAUAAAGAGAUGAAUACGAUGCUGAUUUCUUACCAGAAAACUCAGAAGAACCCCACCCACACAACAGUAAAUCACGGACAAACGAGGAACGAAAUACAGCACCAAGCUCUGAAAUUUUACUUCAUAUCUUGCACCGUUAGGAGGGAUUCCUAGGUCCUAAAUUGUUCUUUAAUGAGAGGGAAUAAUCAAGUCCUUAACUUGAUUAGAAGAAGAAAUCGUGUUCUGGAAAGGAGGUAGGGAGGUCGGCGGCUUCAGGAGUCUAAAGCUGAUCUGCGAAAGCGCAUAAAGACGCAGGGAAGGGUUUAAGUUCUGGGUCUUUUAAACCCCAAAGAUUGAAGAUCUAGGCAGCUAUGUCCUCUCAUAAGAACCCCCAUUUUUAAGGGGUAUUACAGUUAAUGGCGAUGAGCAAAUCGAUUCUGGGAGAAGCAUCAGAAAAGGUCCCAGAUGAAUGGCAAGAAUAUCCAUGAGCGAAGUAUUUCGAUUAGGGCACACCAUCUUCACAAGACCCAUGUUGCUCCUCCCCUCAAAACCCAACAACAUUUUCUCUCCAUUUUCUUCUUCCACUGAAAGCAAAAGACUCUCUCUUUAUCACCCAAGCCUCUCGGUUCUCAAUUUGUGUCAAGAAAUCAAGCAUUUGUUCCAAAUUCAAGCCUACUUGAUCACCUCCGGUCUCUUCCGGAAACCAGUCUGGGGUGGCAAAGUUUUGAAGCAGUCUUUGGAUUUAGCCGAUAUUGAUUACACAGUCUCCAUCUUUCAGUCUUUGGGUAAUGCUGAUAUUUUUUGUGUCAAUACUGUGAUCAAGGGUUUCUCUGUUAGUUCAGUUCCACAUCAAGCUCUAGUGUUCUAUUUUCAAAUGCUGGGAGAUGGGUUUGUUCCAAAUAGCUUUACUUUUGUUCCACUUCUUGGAUGUUGUGCGAAGGUGGGUUGCAUUGAAUCUGCAAAGAAGUGUCAUGGGCAGGCAGUUAAGAAUGGGGUUGACUUUGAGUUAACGGUAGAGAACUCAUUGAUUCACAUGUAUGGUUGUUGUGGGGUCAAUGAGUUUGCGAAGAAGGUGUUUGUUGAAAUGUCACAGAGAGAUGUUUUCUCAUGGAAUUCAAUUCUAGAUGCGUCUGUUAAAAAUGGAGAUUUGGUUAUGGCUCAUAAGCUGUUUGAUGCAAUGCCUGAGAGAAGUAUAGUUUCUUGGAACAUCAUGAUUGUGGGUUAUUUGAAGGGUGGAAACCCUGGGUGUGCACUGAAACUGUUUAGAAGAAUGGCAAAAAUGGGAAUAAGAGGGAAUGAGUCAACCAUGGCUGCGAUUCUCAGUGCUUGUCGUAGGUCAGCUAGACUGAAGGAAGGAAGAUCAGUUCACGGAUUUCUCAUCAAGACCUUGCACAAGUCAAAUAUAGUUCUUGAUGCAGCAUUAAUAGAUAUGUAUUCUAAAUGCCAGAAGGUAGAAUUAGCUCGUAGAAUUUUUGAUAAGACGGCAUAUAGGAAUCUGGUUUGCUGGAAUACUAUGAUUUUGGGGCACUGCAUUCAUGGGAAUCCAGAAGAUGGGCUCAAAUUAUUUGCAGAAAUGGUGGGUGACAGAGGAGCAAAAGGGAAUGGCAUUUCUCCAGAUGAAAUUACUUUUGUUGGUGUUCUGUGUGCCUGUGCUCGAGCAGGGCUUUUAACAGAUGGCAGAAAUUAUUUUGCUCAAAUGAUCCAUGAAUUUAGUGUAAAGCCUAAUUUUGGACAUUUUUGGUGCAUGGCUAAUCUUUAUGCCAGUGCGGGCCUGGUUCAAGAGGCAGAGGAAAUCUUGAGAAACAUGCCAGUGGAUGAAGAUGUGUCGUCAGAAUCAUUGGUGUGGGCUAACUUGCUAACUUCAUGUCGUUUCAGAGGAGAUGUUGCUUUAGGGGAAAGAAUUGCAACAACUUUGAUUGAGAAGGAACCCAAGAACUUCUCGUACUAUCAAUUACUGCUGAAUGUCUAUGCAGUAGCAGGUCAAUGGGAGGAUGUCAAGAGGGUAAAAGAAUUGAUGAAGGAAAGAAGGAUAGGAAGAAUGCCUGGGUGUAAUCUUGUGGAUUUGAAAGAAAUAGUUCACAAUUUAAAUGUGGGAUUAAAUGUGGGAUCUUGCUGUGGAAACCUGAUCAAUCAAGGGUGUGGAUACCAUACUGGCUGAACUGGCUGAGAAACCAUGCUUUAAUACUGCUUCAGAAUAACCUGCCACUGAAAGAGGAAGGAUGAGAAUUUUUUUUUGGUAGAAGGAUGAGAAAUUAAGAAGCCAGAAACAAGACAUAUACAGGAAUUCAAGGACAAGGUCAAGGAGUGAGAAUGAACACCAUCACCACGGAUAAGAUCUGAGCAUCAAGAUUCAGAAUCAGGCAAGAAGCAGAAGUGCAGUGACACAAAUUGACUGCAAUAAGCUUGCUUUUAUAGCGAAUCAAUAUGGUUUUGGCCCUGAUUCUUGUCUCGACCUAACCACAUUGGUUUAUUUUUUGAAUGGAGAAACAUCAUCCAAAUUCGCCUCCGAUCUAAAAGCUUGACCAAUUCUAGUCCGGUGCCAACCUCAACCCAUGAUUAGUCCGUAAUGUGUAGGUCAAUUACCAACAGGAUAGUUAAUCGGCGAUUAGCCUAUAACAUACAGAAGUUCUGCAAUUGCAAAGAAAUCAGCUUAGAUUGG